CCCUCCUUCCCUUGCAGUCGCCGAAGCAGCAAUUACGCUUUGGGGAUAAAACGAGGCGCGGAGAGCGGGCUGGGGCAUUUCUCCCCGAGAUGGCGGGUCUGACAGCUGCAGCCCUGCGGCCCGGAGUCCUCCUGCUCCUGCUGUCCGUUGUCCGUCCCUCGCAGCCUGGAGGGGUCCCGGGGGCUGUUCCUGGUGGCGUUCCUGGAGGAGUCUACUACCCAGGGGCUGGUCUUGGAGGCCUGGGAGGAGGAGCAUUGGGGCCUGGAGGCAAACCACCCAAGCCAGGGGCUGGACUCCUAGGGGCAUUUGGGCCAGGUGCUGGAGGGCUCGCAGGAGGUGGCCCUGGGGCAGGGCUCGGGGCCUUUCCUGCAGGCACCUACCCGGGGGCUCUGGUGCCUGGCGGAGUGGCUGGCGCUGCUGCAGCCUAUAAAGCCGCCAAGGCAGGUGCCGGGCUUGGCGGUGUUGGCGGCAUCGGCGGGGUUGGUGGCUUAGGAGUGUCUACAGGUGCGGUGGUGCCUCAGACUGGAGCAGGAGUCGGCGUUGGGGCUGGAGGGAAGCCUGGGAAAGUGCCUGGUGUGGGGCUACCAGGUGUAUACCCAGGUGGAGUGCUCCCAGGAACAGGAGCUCGGUUCCCAGGUGUGGGGGUGCUCCCUGGGGUUCCCACUGGAACAGGAGUCAAGGCCAAGACCCCAGGUGGAGGUGGAGCUUUUGCUGGAAUCCCAGGAGUUGGACCCUUUGGGGGUCAGCAGCCUGGAGUCCCACUGGGGUACCCCAUCAAGGCACCCAAGCUGCCAGGUGGCUACGGACUGCCCUACAGCACUGGGAAACUGCCCUAUGGCUAUGGGCCCGGAGGAGUGGCUGGUGCCGGGGCCAAGGCUGGGUACCCGACAGGGACAGGGGUUGGCUCGCAGGCUGCAGCAGCAGCCGCAGCUAAAGCAGCAAAGUAUGGUGCCGGAGGAGCUGGAGUUCUCCCUGGUGUUGGUGGUGGCGGCAUUCCUGGUGGGGCCGGCGCCAUUCCUGGGAUAGGAGGCAUUGCAGGGGCCGGGGCUCCAGCUGCUGCUGCAAAGGCGGCCACUAAGGCAGCUAAAUAUGGAGCUGCUGGAGGCUUGGUGCCUGGUGGGCCAGGCUUUGGCCGGGGAGUACCAGGUGUCCCAGGAGUUGGAGUCCCUGGUGUUGGGGUCCCUGGUGUUGGAGUCCCUGGUGUUGGCAUCCCUGGUGUUGGACUCCCAGGUGUUGGGGUCCCAGGUGUUGGGGUCCCAGGAGCUGUCUCACCAGCUGCAGCUGCUAAAGCAGCUGCCAAGGCUGCCAAAUUUGGGGCCAGAGGCGGAGUGGGAGUUGGAGGCAUUCCCACUUUUGGAGUUGGUGCUGGGGGCUUUCCUGGCUACGGGGUCGGACCUGGAGUUGGAGGUGUUCCUGGAGCUGCCCUCUCCCCUGCAGCCCAAGCCGCAGCUGCAGCUCAGGCAGCCGCUGCAGCCAAGGCCGCCGCCAAGUAUGGUGCUGGAGGAGCAGGAGCCCUGGGAGGGCUAGUGCCAGGUGUCGGAGAUGGAAUACCAGGUGUGCCCGGCACUGGAGGGGUUCCAGGAGUAGGGACCCCAGCAGCUGAUGCCGCCAAAGCAGCCGCCAAAGCUGCCCAGUUUGGGUUAGGCCCUGGUAUUGGUGUGGGUCCUGGCGUGGGUCCCGGCCUUGGUGUGGGGCCUGGCAUUGGCGUGGGGCCUGGCGGUGUUACAGGAGUAGGGACCCCAGCUGCAGCCAAAGCCGCCGCUAAAGCAGCUGCCAAAGCCCAGUACCGGGCUGCCGCCGGGCUUCCUGCCGGUGUUCCCGGAUUUGGAGUUGGUGCGGGCAUUCCUGGAUUUGGAGCUGGUGUUCCUGGCUUUGGGGCUGGUGCUGGUGUUCCUGGCUUUGGGGCAGGUGCAGUACCUGGAUCCCUGGCUGCAGCUAAAGCAGCCAAAUAUGGAGCAGGAGCCCUUGGUGGAGCAGGUGUCCCAGGCGGUGUGGCAGGAACUGGACCUGCUGCCUCAGCCGCCGCUGCCAAAGCUGCUGCCAAAGCUGCCCAGUUCGGCCUGGGAGGAGCUGUCGGGCUUGGGGCCGGAGGACUAGGAGCUGGAGGACUGGGAGUCGGAGGGCUUGGGGUUGGUGGAGCCAUCCCAGGGGUCGUGGACCUAGGAGGUGUGUCUCCAGCUGUAGCUGCUAAAGCCGCCAAAUAUGGUGCCGCUGGCCUCGGAGGCGUGCUAGGAGCCACCAGGCCAUUCCCAAUUGGAGGAGUUGCAGCAAGACCUGGCUUUGGACUGUCUCCUAUUUACCCAGGUGGCGGAGCUGGGGCCCUGGGAGUCGGUAAACCUCCCAAGCCCUAUGGUGGGGCUCUGGGGGCCCUGGGAUACCAAGGUGGGGCCUGCCUGGGGAAGUCCUGUGGCCGGAAGAGAAAGUGAGCUUCCCAGGACCCCUGACUCACGACCUCAUCAACGUUGGUGCUACUGCUUGGUGGAGAAUGUAAACCCUUUGUGACCCCACCCCAUGCCCCCUCCUAAAUCCCCACCCCGGGAGGGAACAGGGCAGGCCGGGCGGCCUUGGAAAUCCACAGGGCAAGGAAAUGGCAGCAGGGGCCAAGUGGGCUCCAGGAGGCCCCCUACUUCAGAGGCCAGGGGCAGAUGGGCAUGGCCCCCUGCCCCCAGACCCUUCCCACCCAGGAGCUCCCCCUCCACACACUCUCCAUCUCCAGGGGAACUUGGUGCUACAUGCUGGUGCUCUCAUCCUCCGGUGGGAGGGAGGAGGGAAGGGCAGCCCCUUGGGAACCCCUCCCUGGGGCUCCUCUGAAAAUGGUGCGGACACUUCCUGGGCAGCUCCGCCUCCCCCUGCCCACCAGGACCCACCCUGGCUGUGGUCCGGUUGGUACCCAAGCACCCACAGCCUCAAGCUGGGUUUGGUCACAACAUCUCUUGGCCCCCUUGGCCACCUCUACCACACCUAGUCACCAUGUCUGGGGCACUUUCAGGUGGGAAGAACCCCUUUGGGAAUAGCUCUCUUGCUCUUGUGGAAUUCAUCCGCCCAUCUGUCCAUCCGUCCAUCCAUCCUGUGCCCAGUUGACCACCCGGCACCCCUAGCUAGCUGGGCAUCGCUACCACCAACCUGGUCAGCCUGUCAGGCAGCCUGUGCCCAGCCUUCCCCACCAUACACACCCCUACAAAGGGGCCUGAGCGCUGGGUGUAAGGGGCUGUGCUGGCUGGGGUGGCAGGAAUGUCCUCCCCAACCUGGAGCCCCCCAUGCAGUACUGUAUCCCCCAUCCCUCCCUCGAGCCACUGUAUUCCAGAGCAUUUCCCCCACCUCCAUCUCUUUGUGUCUUGCUGUGAUAGAUCAAUAAAUAUUUUAUUUUUUGUCCUGGA